AGAUUGGAAAAUACGGAAUGUGUGUGUAGGAGCAAGAGCACUCAUGUGUGUCAUUUAUCAUUUUGUUUCUGGUAGUUCAACGAUUAUAUAUUCAUUUUAUGAGGGAAAGAAAGAAAAAAAUAUUUGCGUUUUUCAUAAAAUGAUGCUACGCUUUGGAGCGUUAGGACCAGUAUUGAGAAAUUCCAGUUGUAUGAAAUUGAAUUUUAAUUAAAUUACUGCUUGUGGCUUUUUUUAGUCGUUUUAUUGCAUUGAAAGUGUUUUUAUUCCGUAAAAAUAACUUUCGAAUCAGGUUUUAGAAGCAAAAGAUUAAGAAAUGGCUGUAACCAUCCUUCAUUUCAAUGACUGUUACAAUGUAGAAAGCCAAAAUUUUGAGCCAGUUGGUGGAGCCUCCCGAUUCUGCACAGCUUUAAAAUCAUUUCAUGAUUUGGAACCAUUAGUACUAUUCAGCGGUGAUAUAUUUGCACCUUCUAUCAUGAGCACUUUUACUAAGGGGGAACAAAUGAUUCCAGUUUUAAAUUCUCUCGGAGUACAUUGUGCUGUCUUUGGAAACCAUGAUUUUGAUUUUGGUGUUGAUAUUUUGACUGACUUUUCAUCACGUACUCACUUCCCAUGGUUAAUUAGCAAUGUUAUAGAUAAUGAAACUGAAAAACCUUUAGCCAAUGGUUUUCUGACCAAAGUGCUUGAAUCUAAAGGAAAAAAAUUUGGCAUUAUCGGACUGGUUGAAGAGGAGUGGUUGGCAACUUUAGCUACAAUUGAAGCCGAUGAAGUUACUUAUUCAGAUUUUGUUACAGAAGGGCGGAAAUUAGCCAUUCAGCUGAAAGAUGAGCAAAACGUUGACUAUGUGAUUGCUUUGACUCACAUGCGUACUCCAAACGACAUUCGACUUGCAGAAAAUGUUGAUGAAAUUGACCUAAUUUUGGGAGGGCAUGAUCAUGUGUAUGAAAUAAAAAAGAUAAAUGAAAAAUACAUUGUCAAAAGUGGUACAGAUUUUCAACACUUCUCCCAAAUAACUUUGACAUUUAGCUCAAGUGUUGUUGAUGUAAAUAUUGAAAAACAUGCUGUGACUAAAGACUUCUUUCCAGAUCCUUUACUUGAAUUUGAACUUUUGAAAUAUCAAGAUGUUGUUGAAGGUAAAAUGGAUGAAGUUCUUGGAGAGUUUUUAGUAGAUUUAGAUGGCAGAUUUGCAAGCAUUCGAACUCAAGAAACAAACUUAGGCAAUUUCGUAUGUGAUGUGAUGUUAUCUGCAACACAUUCAGAUGUUGCAAUCUUAAACUCGGGCACAUUGAGAUCUGACCGUGUACAUCCAAAGGGCCCUUUUAAAAUGAGAGAUUUAGUGACAAUAUUACCUAUGAUGGAUGCAUUGAUGGUAAUUAAUAUCACAGGAGAGCAGUUGUACAGAGCACUAGAAAAUGGUGUUUCCCAAUAUCCAAGGCUUGAAGGCAGAUUCCCUCAAGUGUCUGGUAUCUGUUUUGCUUUCGACCCUUCUAAACCAUCCGGACAAAGAAUAGAUCCCAACUACAUUAAAAUUGGUGAUGAAUAUUUAGAUUUCAGUCAGUAUUAUAGAUUAGUUACUAAAGCUUACUUAUGUCAAGGACGGGAUGGUUAUGAUUCAUUAAAAAACAGCAUUGUUCUUCUUAGUGAUGAAGAAAGUCCAGAAUUAUGUACAAUAGUUCAGAAUCAUUUCCAUGCUAUAAAAGUGUUAACUGGAGCUAUUGAUCAUCGUACAAAGCAUCGACAAAGUUUACUUUGUUUAUCAAGGAGGCACAGUGCUGUUAAAAUGCUGGAAGAAGUUGGUAAAUUCCAAGUGCAGAAGCCAAAUUCAAGGCGCCUGACAGUUGAUGCCAAUUGCAAUACCAUGCCUGCAAUUGUAGAUCAAGUAGAACAAUGCCAGUGCCAAUUAGCACCAAAAGUUGAAGGUCGAAUUAUUGUAAUAACGGAUGAAGUGCAAUCACGAUUAGAAAAGGAGAAAGAAGAAUUCCUCAAUCAAAAUGUUUCUUUCAAAACGGGAGAUCAAACACUUGUCUGUGAUAAAUGCCUACACUAGAAAAUAUGACUCAAAGUUGUUAGAAAUUUUAUGUUUAGUUAUAUGACUAGUUUUUUUAAUCGGAUAUUUUAAUGAAUUAUAUUUUAUACUCAAGUUAGAUAUACAAUGUGUUAUUUUUUAAGCAAGACAUUUUUUUCAUCUAAUGUGAGACUAUUAGUUAGAUAUACACAUUUUUUAUUCAAACAGUUUUUUUCCUACUUUUGUCAGAGGAUGUAAAUGAAUAGAUAAAUUAGAUUUAAUUUCUAGGUGGAAAGUUUGAAAUAAUCAAAUAGGUGUAAAAUAUCUUUUCUACCUAAAUAUUAUAACUGGUUUUGAUUGUACUUCAGUGCCACAAUGAGUUUUUCAUUUCUAUACGAGAUACGAAUUCAGAUAUUUUAUGAGCCUCAAAUUUUUUGUUCUGGCAUACCUGAUAAGAUUUUUCAAAUUUCAUUUGAAUUUUGCAUACACCAAUCAGCUAUUCUAAAACAUACUACUACUUCAACUAAUUCUGUGUUUGAAAUACUAAUAUUUGCAUGGCAAAAAAACAUGCCCCCCAAGAGGUGAAUUUUCAAAUGAAAAACAUGUCACGCAUUUUGUUGAAGCUACACUCUUACUUUGUAUUACAUAAGCGACAAUAAUAAUAAUCUGAUUUUUCUUAUUUAUAAAGCUUCUAAACCAGGAGUAAGCCAUCAGGAAUUUUGUAAAAUGAAACUAAAUUGUCAUCUCUUAUUGAUAAAGCUUUUUAACCUCGAUUAAGCCAUCAGGAUUUUUGUAAAAUGAAACUAAACUGUUAUCUAUUAAUCGUUUAAAGCCCAUUUUUGUAUUUAUUUUUAUUCAAUUAUCAUGUACAAAACAUUUUUGUUUGUUUGUCAAAACUGUGAUUAGUAUAAAAGGCACUAGUCUCAAAAUAUUUUGAAAUUUAAAAAAAAAAUCAAGUUUACAAGACAAAAAGCAGUUUUUUUACCCACAUUUUGAUUUUUAAAAAAAUUUAUUAUUAUUAUUAUUGAAAUGGUAUAUCUAAAUAAAUAGAAAAUAAAUGAAAUAUCUCCUCUACAAAACUUGAAAUGUAUGUUGGUUCUUAAAUUCAGCUCAGGUAAUGAAAAAUAAAGAGUUCUUUUUUAUUUAAUAUUAUUCUUUCAUCCAAUAUUUUUAUUUUACUGAUAUUUUAUAAUAGUUCUUUUCAAAAUUUCCUGAAUUACAUUGUACUCUGUCUUGUACUUGAAUGAUUUGUAUAUAAUCUUUUUGAGUAACUAUUUAAAUAUUAAUAACUAAUUGACCUAUUUGAUCAUUUCAAAGUGAUUUGUUUUUAAUUUAUAGCCACAAAAUUUACAAAAUAAAUGUUUAUUUACUUUUUUAUUUUUGUUAACUAUGUAAGUACUUAAAAUAUUUGUGUUAGACCUAAAAUGUAUUUUAUUUUAUAGCAAAAGUAAUUUUUGACUUUGAAUCCAUAGUUGAAUGUUGUGAUAACUUAGUAACUUAGAAAAAUUAUAUUUUUGUUACAUUAUUAAGUAUCUUAAAACUAGAAAUCAACAACCUUUUAAACACAUGUUCUUUACAGAUUUUAACAUUUGAACGAAAAAAUGUACUUAAAGUUCAAGCGUUAGUUUCAUUGUUUAUUUUAAAUGAAAACCUUUAUCUUUAGGUUUUUGUUAAACUUCAAAUUUACAAUGUUUUAAAAAUCAACUUAAAAACAUAGUUUACUGUUAAGUAUUUGAACAGACAGGAAGAGGGGGAUAUUUUUGUUAGUAAGAGUCUAAUAUUAACAUUCAAACGUAUUAAAGUUAGUCAGUCUUUUUAAAAACAAAUUUAGCAUAAAUGUUUUUUUUCUGCCUCUCCUAAAGCCUUAAAAAAUGUCUAAACCCAAAUCCCAUCCAAACUAAAAAGUAAUCCAUAAAACUGCAAGUUUAACGAAGAAUUUAUUAGAAUGACCUGGCCAUAUUAAUGUUUUGAUUAUACAUUGAUUUGGAAAGAAAAAGUUGAUUAUUCGAAUGAUGUGCUAUCAGUUGGAUGUGUUUUCAAUAUUUCUUGGUUAUAUUGAUAUUAGAGGUUAACUAUUAGGCCACGCUCAAAUAACUUUGCCUACACUUAACAGACACCAACCAGCAGCGUUUUGAUAGAAUUAACAGUUAACCGGGCACAUCUAUAAUCCUUCUGGACACAGAAAUAAUUCUAAAAGCUUGCCUUACCAGUGGUGUUCGGAUUAACCAUAUCUCAAGAGUGGUUGUUUCGAAGACUUGGCAUUUUUGUCCAACCAAAAGUCAGUAGCUUCAGGCACAGUUCUGAACGCCUGUUCAUCACAUUUGUCGAAGUAACUUUGCAAUGCAUUAAAAGAAAAAAAAAACUUUGACAGAUCACCCGUAAUCGGAACAAUGGUAACUAAGCCCUGACAUCAUUAACCAGUCAUCUUAUUCAAACACGACCUAAACAAUGAAAAUUCAGUCAAAAUUUGUAAAUACUUUUUUUCCUCAUAUUUUUUUCAAAAAUAUAUUUUAAAAAUAAGUGGUGCAGUUCUGAUGUGGGAUUAUAGUUUACUUUAAUGACAUUAUUUCUGACAAUAUUCUCUUUUUAGUCUAUCUUCUCUUAUAUUUGACAAUAUUUCUAGUAGUAAAAGCAUAAAAAUGAUUUUUAAAAAGUUUGUAAUUUCUUUGUAACUUCUACAUAAUAUUAGAUGAGAAAAAUACUAAUUAUUGCUGAAAAAUGUUCUAUCUUAAGUGUUGAAUCUCAAAUGUAUAUGGAUUGUUGACUUUCAAAAUAUACAAAUAAAA